AUGAUCUUCGAUCAAUUCUAUAGCGUUCGCUAUUAAAUUAAUUUAAAAAUUUAAUAUUUUCUGGUCAUUGAAAUUGAUCAAUUAAGGUUUGGAUUUUUAAUAAAUAAAGAUGAAACAAAAUAAGUCUCAUGCAGUGAUGACAAAAAAAUUAUUGUUUAGGAAAACAAAACAAUGAACGAAGAUUUAUAUUUAAACAAGUCUUAGAGAAUCUAAAAAUGAAAAAGGAUUUAGAGUUUGUUUUCUAAUCACGAUACUAUUGCUUGGUAUCAAGAAAAUUAGAGUUCAAUUUAUUUAUAUAUUUUAAUCAAAGCCGAAAAAUUUGUUGAAAAAAAAGAUUUGUAAAUCAGCUUAAGAUUUUUAGACUUAAUAUAAUCCUUGUUUCCUUAUAUUUAAAAUAAAGCCAAACAAAUAUUUAUCAUAAAGCAUAAUAAAUUUGUAAAUAUUUUGAGCUAUAAAAAUUGA